UCGCUUCCCUCGGCUUUCUUCCUCGCCCCGAUUCCUUCGUUGUCUUCUCUCCAAACCCUAAUCGAUCGAUAUUACUCCUCACACACAAGGCUACGUUUCGCCCAUUCUUUGUAGAUCUGUUGAUCCACGAAGGUAAUCCAUCCCUUCUUGUCGAUUUCCCUCUUGCCAAUUCAUUUCUCGACUUUUUUCUGCUUUUAUUUUUUGAUCGGAUUCACCUCAAAUUACCGCCAUGGUGGUCGGCGACGACGAAUCCUCACACGAAGUGGAACAAGACCCUAACCCAGUUGCGCAGCCAGCUUCCGAUGCCUCUCUAGCGGCGGCGGAUGCGGCUGUUUCCGUAGAGGGCGAUGGGGAGAUCCAGUCCCUCGCUCGUAGGAUCCAAGAGGCGCUCUCCGUCGGGAAGCGGCACCGUUUCUGGGAGACCCAACCGGUGGGCCAAUUCAAGGACGCCUGCCGCGGCGGGCUCCCAGAGGGCCCCAUCGAGCCGCCGACCGCCCUGUCCGCCGUCAGGCCGGAGCCGUACAACCUCCCCGCCCUCUACGAGUGGACCACCUGCGACAUGGACGAUGAACAGACCUGCGCCGAGGUAUACAAUCUUCUCACCAACAACUACGUCGAGGAUGAUGAGAACAUGUUCCGCUUCAACUACUCCAAGGAGUUCCUCCAGUGGGCGCUUCGCCCGCCGGGUUACUUCAAGGCAUGGCACAUUGGCGUUCGGGUGAAGGCCACAAAGAAGCUGGUUGCCUUCAUUACCGGCGUGCCCGGGAGGAUCCGGGUGAGGGAGGACAUCAUCCGGAUGGCCGAGGUCAACUUCCUGUGCGUCCACAAGAAGCUGCGGUCGAAGCGGCUCGCCCCCGUGAUGAUCAAGGAGGUCACCAGGCGGGUUCAUUUGGAGAACAUAUGGCAGGCGGCCUACACGGCCGGAGUCAUCCUGCCGACUCCCGUCACGACCUGCCGUUACUGGCAUCGUUCUCUGAAUCCCAAGAAGCUGAUUGACGUCGGGUUCUCCCGGCUCGGAGCUCGGAUGACUAUGAGCCGAACGAUCAGGCUCUACAAGCUUCCAGAAGCAACUGCGACCCCUGGGUUUAGGAAAAUGGAGCUUCGUGAUGUUCCGGCAGUCACCCGGUUGCUAAGAGAGCAUUUGAGCCUGUUCGUAGUUGCACCGGAUUUUGAUGAGAAUGAUGUGGAGCAUUGGGUUCUUCCUCUGGAGAAUGUGGUGGACAGUUAUGUGGUCGAGAGCCCUGAGACUCAUGAAGUGACAGACUUCUGUAGCUUCUACACUCUUCCUUCUUCAAUUCUGAAUAACCAGAAUUAUUCGGUGUUGAAGGCUGCUUAUUCUUUCUAUAAUGUGGCUGCAAAGACUCCUCUGCUCCACCUGAUGAACGAUGCACUUAUUGUGGCGAAGCAGAAGGACUAUGAUGUCUUCAACGCCCUUGAUGUCAUGCACAAUGAUACUUUCCUGAAGGAGCUGAAGUUUGGGCCUGGUGAUGGGCAACUCCAUUACUAUCUUUACAACUAUCGACUCAGGAAUGAUUUAAAACCAGCAGAGCUAGGACUCGUUCUUUUGUAGGUUGUUGUGGCCAUCUUGGAGAACUGGCAGGUGGUGGUAUCGUCGCUCAGGGUGGCAGGCAGUAGUAUCGCCUAGUGCAGAUGGUGGUACUGUCAGUAUCUUGAAAAUAUGAUGAUUUCAAUUUUUGGUUCUAUUUCUGAAGUUAUUUGGGACCUAUAAAUAUCCUAUUCAUUUUUGCUUGGGAUAACAAGAAAAAGAGAAGAAAAGGGAAAGAAUUCUUGAGUUUCUCAAGUGUGUAAUCUCUCUUAAAGUGUUGAGUCUUUUCCUCCUAAGGUUUAGAAGUCUUUCUAAAGGAGGAGUGAGGUUUUUUUUUGUAAAAGAUGGGUGUAAAGGUUCUUUUUUUGAGCCCGUGAAAAGAAGAAAGGGUUGUAACAAGGAUAGUUGAUCUUCACCCAUUAAAAAGAAGAUCGAUAAUGAAAGCCGAUGACCUUGAGAGAAGAGGAAUCGGGAGUGGAUGUAGGUCGAGACGAUCGAACCAUUAUAAAUAUGGUUUGCAUUUAUGUUUAUGUUUUUUCUUGCAAUCAUUUACUAAUUUUGUUGCUCACUACUUUUUCUCACAUUCCAAGUUAAACGUAUUUUCGAUAUGGGUUU